AUGGAGGGCGCGGAACGAGGCGCGCUGGAUAGAUCCUUGCCCAUAAGGUACGCUCAGCAAGAGCCCAGCCAAGUUCCUGAAAAGGCGCUGUCUGCUUUGAAUACGUAUAGGCAACGGGAUCUCACCAAAGUCCCCAUACGCUUCAAAGCAGUGGGAAAUGCGCCGAUCAUGAAGGAGAAUAUGUACAAGAUUACUGCGUCGAGCAGGUUUCAGGCCGUCAUUCAGUUCCUCCGAAAACAGUUGGGUUGGAAGACUGGAACCCCGUUGUUCACGUACAUCAACCUAGCGUUCGCGCCUGCCCCAGAUGACACGGUUGCAAGUCUGUUCAAGGCAAGCCCACCCUCUAUGGUCGUAGAAGCACUCGACUGA